GAUCAAACGCUCUACAGAAGGUAUCAGUUUCAAUUGCUAGUAUCUUCUAAUCACUACUACCGUGUAACCGAGUAACUAAAACUCAUUCUCAAAAUGUACAAGAUCGUCUGCCUGUUCGCCAUCAUUGCCGUCGCUUCGGUGUCGGCCGAGCCAAAGCCCGGAGUCCUUGCUUACAGCGCUCCCCUGGUUGCCGCGGCCCCAGCUGCCUUUGUGUCGGAAGGAACAGCCGUCUACGAACGUACCUACCACGGGAACAUCGCUCCGGUUGCCCCAGUUGCCGCCUACGCCGCUGCUCCCUAUGUUGCUGCUCCUUUGGCAUACUCAGCCUACUCUGCACCCUACGUAGCUGCUGCCCCAGCUCCAUUGCUGUUCAAGUGAAGUAUUCCGUUGUAAUUGAUGAACACCAUGCUAUCGGCGAAGUUGACUGCAUAAUGGAAUUCAAGUGAAUGCAUUCUGUGAAUGUUUUACGCAUAUCGGAACAAUUUGAGACAAAUUACAUGCAAUAAAUGAUUGAUUUAAGCUAACUUGAUGUUGUUAUU